AUGGGCGUCGGCGAAAGGGUUGUUGACAUUGCCUUUCCCGAGAUAACUCGGGACGCUUUACGGACGACGCAGUCUCCAUUCGCCGUGGACACAGAAGAAAUGGCCAUCAAUUACGGCAGCCUGGGACGCAUCAUCGGCCACGAGCUGUCUCACGCGUUCCAGAUGAGCACCUCAUCCCUGGACAAUCACGUGCAGCCGCUCACGCUGUACAGCCCGGCUUCGCGCAAGGAGUUCCUCGCCCGCCUCAACUGUCUUGCCAAACAGGUCAACGAUGGUUCAGGCAGUCAAACCUUGGGCAACAAUUCCAUUUCGGAGGCAUUCGCCGACAACGCCGGUCUCGAGAAGUCUUACCUGGCCUUCAAGGGGCUGACACAAUCCGAUCCACUGAUCUACAGCAAGCCGAUCAACCCCCUGGGUUACACGGCGCAGCAGAUGUUCUUCGUCAGCAGCUGCUUCGUGUUCUGUGCCUUUCAGGGCUACGCGUUUGAGCGGAACAGCGUGUACCCGCCGCCGUUCCUGCGCUGCAAUACACCCGCGAUGAACAGCCGCGAUUUCGGGUCCGCCUUCAACUGCGCCCAGGGCGCGCCCAUGAACCCGCUCGUCAGAUGCAACUUCCACUGA